GAUAUUCAGAGCUACAAAAUUAGAGAGAGCUUUCUGAGAAGAUAAAUGGAAUUUAGAAAGUGUUAUCUUGAUCUGGUGUUGGUACCCUUAUCGUUUCUGAUAACUAUCGGUUAUCACCUGUGGUUAUGGCAUAAUGUUCGAAAUCGACCACUUUCAACUGUUAUUGGUGUAAAUGGUCAUGGACGCCGCUUAUGGGUAUCCACCAUUAUGAAGGAUAAUGACAAGAAAAACAUCUUAGCUGUUCAAACAAUCAGAAACACAAUCAUGGGAUCAACCCUAAUGGCCACCACGUCAAUACUACUGUGCUCCGGCUUAGCAGCAGUUAUCAGUAGUACUUAUAGUGUCAAAAAGCCACUUAAUGACACUAUAUAUGGGGCACAUGGAGAAUUCAUGGUGGCAUUGAAGUACGUAACGCUGCUGGUUCUCUUUCUCUUCUCUUUCAUGUGUCAUUCUCUAUCAAUUAGAUUCAUUAGCCAAGUGAACUACUUGAUCAACUGCCCACAAGAUUCAACAAUAGUGACUUCUACUUAUGUGUCGGAGCUUUUAGAGAAGAGUUUCACUCUAAAUGCAGCUGGAAAUAGGAUUUUUUAUUCAGCGAUCCCAAUUGUGCUUUGGAUUUUUGGUCCUGUGCUUGUGUUCUUAUGUUCGUUGAGCAUGGUGCCUAUGCUAUAUAACCUUGACAUAUUGUUUGGAGAUUCGAAGAAAGGAAGGAAUGGUGAGAUAGCAAAUGAGGUUUAACCUGUGCUCGCCUAAAUUGUAAUUUUGUUGGCAUAAUUUGUUUAUAUUAUUUAUGAAACUAAGUAUAUGCGUAUAGUUUCAUGAGUUAUAGAUGGAUUUGUAAUUAUAACAUUUGUAUGGAAGAAUCACCACAAAAGAUGAUAAACUUGAGCUCGUCUAUGAAAUAAAUCAUUACACC